UCGACUUUGCAAGGAUAGAGCAAGUUCAUUAAACCAAGAAAACACUAGUUAAUUUGUAAACUGCAAAUACAAAAAUUUGUGGAGAUGAAAUAUGCAAUUCUAAAUAUCAUAUAAACAAGUUAAAUGUCUGCAAUCCUGCAUGUUAGUUUUCCUAAUGAAAAUUUUAUCCUCAUAUUCAGAAGCAAGAUUUCACCAUAUCUCUGUGCAACUUCAUCGCACGAUUCAAACAUUUACAAGUUCUAUAACACGAGGCCCAAAAUGUUCCUUAGUUGAUAAAAAUAAAAAAUUGAACGAAUUAUCAAAACUGGGUCAAACUGAUGAAGCACGAAAGAUGUUCGACAAAAUGCCUGAUAGAGACGAGUUUACAUGGACUACAAUGGUUGCUGCGUAUGCCAAUGAAGGAAGGCUUGUUGAAGCAAGACAAGUGUUUAAGGAUGUCCCAAUCAAGAAUUCAAUUACUUGGUCUUCCCUUAUUUGUGGAUACUGUAAGCAUGGUUUUGAAAUUGAAGGAUUUGAGUUGUUUUGGCAAAUGCAAAGUGAGGGACAUAGACCAAGUCAGUUUACAUUGGGAAGUGUGCUGAGAAUGUGCGCGAUAAAAGGUUUGCUUUCAAGAGGUGAACAGAUACAUGGAUAUGCUAUUAAGACUUGUUUUGAUAUGAAUGUUUUUGUUAUGACUGGUCUUAUUGAUAUGUACGCGAAAUGUAAGCGUAUCUUGGAAGCUGAGUUUAUUUUCGAUAUCAUGUCAAAUGGGAAAAAUCAUGUUACUUGGACUGCUAUGAUUAGUGGGUAUUCUCAAAAUGGCGAUGCGUUAAGAGCAAUUAAGUGUUUUAGUAGCAUGCGUGCAGAAGGGAUUGAGGCGAACCAGUAUACAUUUCCGGGUGUUUUAAGUUCUUGUGCUGCACUGUGUGAUCUUAGGUUUGGGUUACAGGUACAUAGUUGUAUUGUUAAUGGUGGUUUUGAGGCUAAUGUGUUUGUUCAAAGUGCGUUAAUCGACAUGUAUUCUAAAUGUGGUGAUUUGCAUAGUGCUAAGAAGGCAUUGGAACUGAUGGAGGUAAAUCAUGCAGUUUCUUGGAAUUCCAUGAUGCUUGGAUGUGUGAGGCAUGGACUUCCAGAGGAGGCAGUGUCUUUGUUCAAAAGGAUGUAUGCUAGUGAUAUGGAAGUGGACGAGUUUACUUACCCUUCAGUUCUGAAUUCUCUUGCUUGUAUGCAUGAUGUCAAAAAUGGGAAAUGUCUUCAUUGCUUGAUUGUUAAAACUGGGUACCAGAGCUACAAGCUUGUAAGCAAUGCACUUGUUGAUAUGUAUGCUAAACAGGGAGACCUACCUUGUGCGAUGAGUGUUUUCAACAGCAUGGUUGAAAAGGAUGUAAUCUCAUGGACAUCACUCGUCACUGGCUGUGCUCACAAUGGCUCUUAUGAAGAAGCUCUGAAAUUAUUUUGUGAGAUGAGAGUGGCUGAAAUUAAACCAGACCAAAUUAUCACUGCUAGUGUUCUAAGUUGUUGCUCAGAGUUGGCACUACUUGAACUUGGGCAACAAGUUCAUGUAGAUUUUAUCAAAUCUGGCCUUGAGGCAUCAUUGUCAGUUGAUAAUUCUCUUAUGACAAUGUAUGCCAAUUGUGGGUGCCUUGAAGAUGCCAAAAAAGUAUUCAACUCAAUGCAAAUGCGUAAUGUGAUCAGUUGGACUGCUCUUAUAGUUGCUUAUGCCCAAAAUGGCAAAGGAAAGGAGUCUCUAAGAUUUUAUGACGAGAUGAUUGCAAGUGGAAUAGAACCUGACUUCAUUACAUUUAUAGGCCUAUUGUUUGCCUGCAGCCAUACCGGUCUUGUUGACGAUGGAAAGAAGUAUUUCAAUUCAAUGAAGAAAGAUUAUGGGAUAAGACCAAGCCCUGAUCACUAUGCAUGUAUGAUCGAUCUUUUGGGCCGUGCGGGGAAAAUACAGGAGGCUGAGAAGUUAGUCAAUGAAAUGGAUAUUGAACCUGACGCUACUGUAUGGAAAGCGUUGCUUGCUGCAUGCAGAGUACAUGGGAGCACAGAUCUAGCAGAGAAAGCUUCAAUGGCCCUCUUUCAGUUGGAACCACAAGAUGCUGUCCCGUAUGUUAUGUUGUCAAAUAUCUAUUCCGCUGCUGGAAAAUGGGAAGAUGCAGCAAAACUUAGAAGAAAAAUGAAGUUGAAGGGUGUUAACAAAGAGCCUGGUUAUAGUUGGAUUGAGAUGAAUGGAGUGGUGCACACCUUUAUAUCUGAGGAAAGAAGUCACCCAAAGAGUGAUGAAAUUUACUCAAAACUUGAUGAUGUUAUUGCAUUGAUCAAAGAAGCUGGAUAUGUGCCAGACUUGAAUUUUUCACUUCAUGAUAUCAAUGAAGAAGGAAGGGAACAAAGUCUUUCUUAUCAUAGUGAGAAAUUGGCUAUUGCUUUUGGGCUUCUUUGUGUGCCAAAAGGAGUACCAAUUCGGAUUUACAAGAACCUUCGUGUAUGUGGUGACUGUCAUAAUGCAAUGAAAUUUGUGUCAAGAGUUUUUGAUCGACAUAUCAUUUUGCGAGAUUCAAAUCGUUUUCAUCAUUUUAAGGAAGGGAUAUGUUCUUGUGGGGAUUAUUGGUAGAAAACAUUCCUUUGGCUUUUCUUGGAUCUUGUUUCCAUUGCGCUUGGCAAGAUCAGAUCAUCCAAUUUCAUUAAUUGGAACUGAUUACUCUCUGAGAUUUAUACGAGAGUCGGUUCCCUAGUCUCUAUUUCGCAGCACUCUACUGCAACAGGCACCAAUUGCCAUUCCCCGGCAUCUGGGGGAUAACUGGUCCUCAUUCUGAGAAAUAUGUUUGUCUCCAUGAAGUUAAAGUUGGGAGUUACUUCCUUUUCAGUGGACAAAUUACCCAAACAGAAUAGGGACCUGAACUGUGCACUUGUAACCAACCAGCUCGGGGACCUAACCUAUGCACUUGUGGGGCUGUUAGGGAACUUUAGAUUGUGUUAAACUUUCCUAGAACUCCGGAAGUUAUAUGGUCUUGUUGAUUGGAAAAAUGUUGGGGUGCUUUAUGCUUGGUUACAGCAUUUGGUUGACUUGCAGGUGCUUCAGUGAGAUAUUUAGAGCUUUCCCACCACCAGUCCUCUGUUUCUCUAUUGCGAGCAUAUGGAAAGUGUAUAAUAUUUCAUAAACCCUAGUGUUAAUUGCCUGCCUUUGGUUGUCUGGGGGACCUCAGUCCCAGUCUUUAUUGUGAGCAUAUGGCAAGAGCAUAAUAUUUCAUAAAGCCUAUUGUUCAUUGCCUGCCUUUGGUUGCAUGGACCAGAAGAAAAGCACAUGUUAUUGAACAAAGUAUGCUCAUCAUUCCCCAGUCCCCCAAGACAUCAGAGCCCAUUCCAUUGAAGUCAAUGUGGUCUUUCCUAUUGUGGGUGCAAGAAGGUAGAAUAGCUACACACAUUUCUUGGAACCAUCCCCUAUGGAGUGGAUGGAAACUAAACGCAAACAAACUGAUAAUGUUCUUGAUGGAGGAAGUAAUUAGCGAUUUGCAGCAGUAUCAGCUCUCUGAUGGGACAGCGGGACGGGUUUGAAAGCCACAUUCACUUUGGUUUGAUCCUGGAGACUCUGGCAAGAGAGACUUAAAAAUAAGUUACGGCGAAAAAGAAGUUUGAGAGAAAAAGAGCCUACUGUGGAUUAAUUGGAAUAAUAUAAUGUCUGAUGUGAUGGUUAUAUCUGUGAUGGUGUAUUCUCUUUGUAUAGAUCAAACACUUAUCUGUUGCAAGUUCAUAAAUCAUCUAAACCACAUGCGAGGUCCUCAGGCAGUUGUCAAUAAGUAAACAAACCUAUCUUGGUUGUCCUUGUUUGUUGAAUUUGGGAUGUAAUCUCCCUGGUUCAGAUUUGCUGUGAAUCUGUGAGCACAGGACCACAAAGCUGUACUUGAACUAUUUAGGUGCUGAUUUUUAUAAUAGAGAUUGUAGUUGCUGUUAGUGCUUUGAA